CGUUCUCUACAUAAAUACCGCGCAGUGCGUGGACGGAGUUUGAAUCCUUUUGUGUGACCUGAUGUAAGGACAUGAGGGACACAUUUUCACCACGUACAGCAUCGUGUUCUGAGGAGAAAGAUGGAAAAGGAUGCGUUGGAUUUUGCGCCUCUUUUUGAUGGCGCACCUUUCUGAGAGUAGUCAGGAUAAAAAGUCCCGUGUGACGUGUUCUUAUCUGUCCAGAAACGAAGAAACAGAAAGAAAAAAAUCGUGUUUUGACAUGAGGCAAGGUGUGCGUGUUUACUAAACGCCUCACAAGAUACGCACAAAUCAUCAUUGCGCAGCGGAGUGACCAAGACGCACAGACGCGCAAAGAUAUAACCCAGAUGGGCCUCACUCCUUCUUCCUGCAGCAUGGACGGCUACAACUGGACUUCACCGUCUGACAAUGUCUCCAUGUCACAGUCCAACCCCGGUUUGUCUACCAGGAAUUCUUCAGACGAGCUUGAGCCGCUGCCCUUCAGCGUGGACACCGCGGUCAUUUACACCAUAGUCUUUAUUGUGGGCUUCCUGGGUAACUCACUGGUCAUCUACGUGGUGAUCCGCUACGCCAAGAUGAAAACAGUGACCAACAUGUACAUCCUCAACCUGGCCUUGGCGGAUGAACUCUACAUCUUGGGAAUUCCCUUCCUCGGCACCAACAGUGUUCUCUCCUAUUGGCCAUAUGGAGAUUUCUUCUGCAAAGUGUGCAUGACUGCGGAUGCCAUGAGUCAGUUCAGCUCCACCUUUUGCCUGACGGUCAUGAGCAUCGAUCGUUACCUGGCUGUGGUUUAUCCCAUUCGCAGUAACAAAUGGCGAAAGCCUCGCAUGGCCAAGAUUUUUAACGGGAUGGUGUGGGUUGUGUCCUUCCUGGUUGUGCUGCCCGUCACCUUUUACUCAGAUGUUCAGGACGAGCUGAACACCUGCAAUAUCAGCUGGCCCGAGCCGGUUGAUCUGUGGUCCAUCGUCUUCAUUCUCUACACGUCCAUCCUGGGGUUCUUCGGUCCACUCUUCGUAAUCAGCAUCUGCUACCUGCUCAUCGUUGUCAAGGUGAGGUCUGCCGGUGUGCGAGCAGGACUGACCAAGAGGCGGAAGUCGGAGCGCAAAGUGACGCGCAUGGUGGUGAUCAUCGUGUUGGUGUUUGUCAUCUGCUGGCUGCCCUUCUUCAUUGCAAACACUGUCAAUCUGUUCUACAUCAUCCCCGAGAGUAGAACUACAGCCACCGUCUACUUCUUCCUGGUCAUCCUCACCUACGUCAACUCCUGCGCUAACCCCAUCCUGUACGGCUUCCUCUCUGAAAACUUCAAACAGAGCUUUCAGAAGGUGUUCUGCUUCCAAAAACCAAACGGUGUCGGAGUGACUGAACAGAUGGGAGCCCAAACUUCACCAAAGCCUGGACAGAUGCGGCUCACUGAGAAUCCUGACAGAGAGCCUUUUACUCUAAAACCAAUGAAUGGCCAUUGAACUCACCAUGGGACUCAUGGACUCAGCAUGUUCUACUGCGGCAGGAACCACAGUGAAGAAAUGUAUGGACAGUUUGUGGAACAGUUCUCUCUCAGUGCGACAUCUU